GGUGAGUUAGCUUCGUUGCUAAUUGGGCAUGCUGGUGUGCUGACAUUGAGAAACAGACUUUGCUUGUUACUGCGUGAAAUAGUAAAAGGAUCCUCAUCAUGGUGUCAGGAAAACGGCUGGCAGAUAUUGGCUAUCGGGCUUUUUCUGCCUCGAUGAUGCUGCUGACCAUGUAUGGAGGAUACCUGUGUGCAAUGCGAGGAUACCGCUACAUGCAGAAGCAAAACGAGCUGAAAGUGGCAGCAGAGAACCAGGACACUGAAGUCAUCAAAGACUGACGCAGACGGACUCCUUUUUGCACACAUGUGGACAUUUCCCAUUCCUCAUCGUCUUUGUCCAUCACUAAAUGAUAAAGAAGUUUACCUCCUCAGGAUGUUUGUGUGAUUUCAAUGAGCAUAUGGGGCCCUCACAAGGAUGAGGUUUUGUUUCUCAAUCUUCACCAAGCAAAUUAACCAAAAACAUAUUUGCAUCAGUAACCUGUCAAAUCCAGACUGAGCAGUUCCAGGAAUGAAGAUGGCUGUAAUUGUUUGUAUUGUGUUAUAUUAAAUGCCUUUAAACAC